AUGACCUCUAAAAAUGCGACCAGCUAUAAGCAGAUGAAGGAGGACUUCGUGUCCGGCCUAUCGGGCGGCUCAGUUACUGAGAUAAACUACGUAACUAUGAUAGCACCUAUCGCCUUUGUCUUGUGGUCCAUCCUACAGUCUCGCCAGUCUUUCUUUAAGCCCUACAAGCCUUUGAGCUUCGUAGUCGAUUUCCUCCUGAACGUAGUGGCUAUACUGCUGGCCAUAACGCUCUACGCGGAUAAACCGUUGCUCCUAUCCGGUUUGCUCCUUGUCCCCGCGAUAUUCGUUUACGCGCUGCCCCCGAAUCCCGCCGUGUCGAAAAAGAAGCCUAAACUACCUCCGAAUGCGCAAACGCAGAAAUCGCAGGGUGCAUUAAGCGCCCUCUCCGUCAAACCGUUCUUAACUACCUACCGUGGAUCUAUGAUGAUCAUUACCUGCCUAGCUAUUCUAGCGGUAGAUUUCAGGAUAUUUCCUCGAAGAUUCGCAAAGGUCGAGACGUGGGGUACCUCGUUAAUGGAUGUUGGUGUAGGCUCCUUUGUCUUCUCGGCGGGCAUUGUUGCCGCGCGCCCGGUCCUCAAAGAGAGAGCCGAGGGUAAGGCAACGCCUUUGCUCCAGAGGCUUCGAUACGCCAUGAGACAUUCCUUUCCUCUCCUAUUUCUCGGCGUCAUUCGUCUCAUAAGCGUCAAGGGCCUCGACUACGCUGAACAUGUGACCGAAUAUGGUGUACAUUGGAACUUCUUCUUCACCCUAGGCUUUCUCCCUCCGUUUGUUGCCCUUUUCCAGUCGGCAUUAACGAUAAUCCCGUCCUAUUCGGCCCUCGCUAUCUUACUCGGGGUCAUCUAUCAGGCCGUGCUAGAGACCACCAAUCUAAAAGCGUUCGUCCUUAUCGCACCGCGGACAGAUAUAAUCUCCAUGAAUAAAGAAGGUAUAUGUAGUUUCUUCGGGUAUCUUGCAAUCUUUUUGGCCGGUCAAGCUACCGGCAUGUAUGUCCUGCCGAGGAGUAUCGUCCCAUGCAGCGGAACGAGUAACAGCACCCAACGAACUACGCUCCUCCUGACUAUGGCCGCGUGGACGUCUAUCUGGACCGUCUUGUAUUUCUUCACAACGAGUUUCAACUAUGGCGCGGGAUUGGAUGUGUCUCGACGAUUAGCUAAUCUACCCUAUAUCUUAUGGAUCACAGCGUUUAAUUCGUCUCAGCUAUUAGCGUGCUGCGCUAUAGAAAGCGUUUUCUUCCCGUCAUUCUACAAUGCCACUGACGCCAAGACGGAGAAGGAGGCAUACGAGACAGCUACGAGUAGGGUGCUACGAGCGUAUAAUAGGAAUGGGUUGGCAAUCUUCUUGGUCGCGAAUCUACUAACAGGAUUGGUUAAUAUGACAGUGCCUACUUUGGACGUUGGGCCGAGUGUCACUAUGGGUAUAUUAGUAGGGUAUGCAGCGGUCCUGACGACAGUUGCAGUUGCGCUUGACGCUUGGAAUAUCUCCAUUAAGCUAUGA